GUUUGUUUUGUAAACUAGCUGGUGACAUAGUAAACUAAAAUUAUAAUAAAUAGCGGUCUAUUGGCUUUAAACUAUACAGUAAAUUGUGUGGUUAGAGACUGUUCAAUUGAAUUGAGAGUCGAUAAUUCAAUUAAAAAUGAAUUGUCUAAUUAUUUUAAGUUUAGUUGUUUUGGCAACACCUACAUCUGCUUGGCAAUACUUCACAGAGUUCAAAGAUUUAGUCAUGUAUGGCACCAAGUUGGAACCAAAGCAUAUCCACAGCGAAUAUAUCUAUGGGGAUUGCAACCGGAAAGACAUUAUAUUUUAUACCCACGUACAUAUAGAUCAUAUGCAGGUUCUAGGGAAACUUAUUGUUAGGGGCUGGAUAGAAACAUUAAGAAUUCCUGUCUGCAUUCUACUAAGAGCGAUGUCGUACGAAUACGAUCUGUUCCGAUCUACGGCGUACAACUUCCAGAUCUGCGUCCCCAGGAUCACGUACUGCCACUCUAGGAGGCGCUUCAAGUACUUCUAUUACGAAUGGUACAUACCAAUGGACAUGAUUGGUGGCAUGGACUGGGAUAUAUACUUCUAUGGUCCUAGUACUCAAAUUUGGCAAUAAAU